UGAUAGGUUGAAUAUGGUGUGUGCAUCCUGGCUGUUAGCGGUGGUGUGUGUGUGCAACCCUGGGGUGUGGGGGCAGUGCUGGGAUAGCUCCCACUGCAAAGACCUCACUUCAGAGGACAAGAUACUGGUGAGUCAGAGUUCAAGUAUUCACCUUCAUUCAUUAAUCAUCAUCAUCUACAUCAAAAUCAGUAUAACAUUUCAUCAUCAUCUAUAGCAAUUUUCAUCACUCACUAUUCAUGGUUUGUUCUUUAACCCAUCCCUCGAUAUAUCACAAAACACUGUUCCUGUCCAUCCAUUUGUAUUGAACUCCCGUCUCCUGUUCUUCUUCCGUCUGGCAGGAGUGCAUCCCCCUGUGCAGGUGUGGGCUCCAGGACGAAUCCCCAGAGCCCAGAUCGGCUGCCCAGCAGUCCACCGAGGACAGCCUCUCCCUGGGCAUCCUGUUGGCAGCCCUGACCUCUGGAGAGAGAGCCCUGGAUGCUGACCCUGAGCCCCACAGCGACAAGAGACGCUCCUACUCCAUGGAGCACUUCCGCUGGGGCAAACCCAUGGGGCGCAAACGCCGACCCAUCAAAGUCUAUGCCUCCAGUCUGGAAGGGGGGGACUCCUCCGAGGGCACCUUCCCCCCGCAGGCACGCAGGCAGCUGAGCAGCUGGGAGGACGAGAUGGCGGGGGCUCUGGAGCACCAGAGACUGGGGAACCAGGGGUCCAAGGCUCAGACCAAGGUAGUCCCCAGACCCCUCACUGAGAUGGGGCUGCAGAAUAAGAAGGAUGGGUCCUAUCAGAUGGGUCACUUCCGCUGGGGCAGCCCACCCGCUGUCAAGCGCUACGGUGGCUUCAUGAAGCCAUAUGCCCAGCAAUCCCAUAAGCCCCUGAUCACGCUGCUCAAGCACGUCAUCCAUAAAAAUGAGCAG